AUGGAGAGUGCCAAGGUGCAGUUGAGUGCUAUGCCAAGCAGCCUCCAAGCCCUUGGGCGCAACCUUCCACUCCACCGGUCCAAGAAAGCGAGCUAUAUACUGUCGUGCAAGGCCACCGAUGGCCGCCGUGACGUGCUCCUCCGCCUCGCGGGCGGAGUUGCGACGGCGGGCCUGUCCGAGCUCCGUGGCGCACUUGCGAAGCCCAUCCAGUCCCCGGACUUUGGCAAGUGCCAGCCAAUCGAUGAUCCCGACAAGAUUCCCCAAGUAAAAGACACCAUGUGCUGCCCCAAGUACGACGACAGAAUCCCAAUCCCCGACUUCAAGCUGCCCCCGCUCUCAUCGCCGCUCCGUGUUCGGCCAGCGGCCCACCUGGUAGACCGCAACUACCUCGCUAAGUAUGAGAAAGCCGUGAAGCUCAUGAAGGAGCUGCCCGAUGAUGAUCCCCGCAGCUUCUCGCAGCAGUGGCACGUGCACUGCGCAUACUGCGAGGGCGCAUAUGAACAGAUCGGCUACCCGAAACUGAAGAUCGAUAUACACAGGUCCUGGCUCUUCUUCCCAUGGCACAGGUUGUACCUCUAUUUCUACGAGAGGAUCCUUGGUAAUCUCAUCGACGACGACACCUUUGCACUGCCGUUUUGGAACUGGGACGCGCCCCACGGCAUGACCCUCCCGGUGAUGUACACCGGUGAGUCUUCGCCACUCUAUGACUCCAAGCGUAACCCCAUGCACCUGCCACCAGCCAUUGUCAACCUCGACUACAACCACAAAGACUACCACUCCGGGACCGACCCCAAGAUCUCAACAGAAGACCCAAUCGACCUGAACCUCAAGGUCAUGUACCGUCAGAUGAUUGCUGGUGCCAAGAAGACUGAGGUAUUCCUGGGGACGUCAUACCGCGCUGGCGGAGAACUGCGAGGCCCAGGUACCAUCGAGUGCGAGCCACACAACACAGUCCACGACUGGACCGGCGAGUCGAAGGAGCCCAGCGAAGACAUGGGCAAAUUGUACUCCGUGGCACGCGACCCGGUCUUCUUUGCACACCACGGCAACGUCGACCGCAUGUGGAAUGUCUGGCGCUGCCUCGGCCACACCAACUUCACCGACACCGACUGGCUUGACAGUAACUUUCUGUUUUACGACGAGGAGGCCCGCCUCGUCCGCGUCCACGUCCGGGACUGCUUCAGCACGCUGGCCUUGCGCUACACUUACCAGGACGUCCCUCUGCCGUGGUUGACCGCCAAACCAACCGCUGCAGGAGAUACCAACACUCCUGUUGCCCCGACCACGGGGGUUCUCCCGGCUGUCUUGGACGGGAUUGUGCGGGUGGACGUGCCUAGGACCAAGGUCUCCAGGAGCCGCUUCCAGAAGGACGACGAGGAGGAGGUGCUGAUCGUCGAGGGGAUCGAGAUCGCAGACAGCUCCAAGUACGUCAAGUUCGAUGUGCAUGUGAACGCGCCACAACACGAACAACUCAACGCGGCUCACGCACAGUUUGCUGGCAGCGUGAUGCUCCUGCCGCACAUGUCCGGGCAACACGAGGGCAAGAACAAGAUGUCGGCCAAGUUCGGCAUCUCCGACUUAUUGGACUCCAUCCGAGCGGACGGCGACAAGAAAAUCAUCGUCUCGCUUGUGCCGAGAAGCGCGGGUGAGGUGGUCACUGUGGGAGCCGUCCGCAUCGGCUACAUCAAGUGACUGAUGGAUGGCUUUGCUUGGUAAAACCCGUUGCUUUAGUUUGUUUUCUUCAAGUUCAAUUAUAAGUCCCUGGCAAAUAAGCGCCCUCGCUCGCACCUUGAGCUUGUUGUCAAGUUAACUCGCCGCUCUAGAGCGUCGCGCGAUCAUGGCGGUGCAUGAAUGCGAGGCGUGAUCGGGAGCUGUGGGGUGGCAGAGCGCUAGCUGCUAGACUCUGUCAGCCCCAUUUCCCCCCUUUUUUUAAC